UGUGAGAGAAAGAGAGAGAGCGCGCACCAGGGAGAGGAGAAAAGAAGAUGAGGAUUAUUUGCAGACAGAUUGUCUUGUUAUUUUCUGGAUUUUGGGGACUCGCCAUGGGAGCCUUUCCGAGCAGCGUGCAAAUAGGUGGUCUCUUCAUCCGAAACACAGAUCAGGAAUACACUGCUUUCCGAUUAGCAAUUUUUCUUCAUAACACCAGCCCCAAUGCGUCGGAAGCUCCUUUUAAUUUGGUACCUCAUGUGGACAACAUUGAGACAGCCAACAGUUUUGCUGUAACAAAUGCCUUCUGUUCCCAGUAUUCUAGAGGAGUAUUUGCCAUUUUUGGACUCUAUGAUAAGAGGUCAGUACAUACCUUGACCUCAUUCUGCAGCGCCUUACAUAUCUCCCUCAUCACACCAAGUUUCCCUACUGAGGGGGAGAGCCAGUUUGUGCUGCAACUAAGGCCUUCGUUACGAGGAGCACUGUUGAGUCUGCUAGAUCACUAUGAAUGGAACUGUUUCGUCUUCCUGUACGACACAGACAGAGGAUACUCGAUACUCCAAGCAAUUAUGGAAAAAGCAGGACAAAAUGGUUGGCAUGUCAGCGCUAUAUGCGUGGAAAAUUUUAAUGAUGUCAGCUAUAGGCAACUUCUAGAAGAACUUGAUAGAAGACAAGAGAAGAAAUUUGUGAUAGACUGUGAAAUAGAGAGACUUCAAAACAUAUUAGAACAGAUUGUAAGUGUUGGAAAGCAUGUUAAAGGCUACCAUUAUAUCAUUGCGAACUUGGGAUUCAAGGAUAUUUCUCUUGAGAGGUUUAUACACGGUGGAGCCAAUGUUACGGGAUUCCAGUUGGUAGAUUUUAAUACUCCUAUGGUAACCAAACUAAUGGAUCGCUGGAAAAAACUAGAUCAAAGAGAGUAUCCAGGAUCUGAGACUCCUCCAAAGUACACCUCUGCUCUAACUUAUGAUGGAGUCCUUGUGAUGGCCGAAACUUUCCGAAAUCUUAGAAGGCAGAAAAUCGAUAUCUCGAGGAGAGGAAAUGCUGGGGAUUGUCUGGCAAAUCCUGCUGCUCCGUGGGGCCAGGGAAUUGACAUGGAAAGGACACUCAAACAGGUUCGAAUUCAAGGGCUGACAGGGAACGUUCAGUUUGACCACUAUGGACGUAGAGUCAAUUACACAAUGGAUGUGUUUGAGCUAAAGAGCACAGGACCUAGAAAGGUUGGUUACUGGAAUGAUAUGGAUAAAUUAGUCUUGAUUCAAGACGUACCCACUCUUGGCAAUGACACAGCAGCUAUUGAGAACAGAACAGUGGUUGUAACCACAAUUAUGGAAUCCCCAUAUGUUAUGUACAAGAAAAAUCACGAAAUGUUUGAAGGAAAUGACAAGUAUGAAGGAUACUGUGUAGAUUUGGCAUCUGAAAUUGCAAAACAUAUUGGUAUCAAGUAUAAAAUUGCCAUUGUCCCUGAUGGAAAAUAUGGAGCAAGGGAUGCAGACACAAAAAUCUGGAAUGGGAUGGUAGGAGAACUUGUUUAUGGGAAAGCAGAGAUUGCUAUUGCCCCUCUGACAAUCACUUUGGUACGAGAGGAGGUCAUUGACUUCUCUAAGCCCUUCAUGAGUUUGGGCAUAUCUAUCAUGAUCAAAAAGCCUCAGAAAUCUAAACCAGGAGUGUUUUCCUUCUUGGAUCCUCUGGCCUAUGAGAUUUGGAUGUGCAUAGUCUUUGCCUACAUUGGUGUCAGCGUGGUCUUAUUCCUAGUUAGUAGGUUUAGUCCGUACGAGUGGCACACAGAAGAGCCAGAGGAUGGAAAGGAAGGACCCAGCGACCAGCCUCCCAAUGAGUUUGGCAUCUUUAACAGCCUCUGGUUUUCCCUGGGUGCUUUUAUGCAGCAAGGAUGUGACAUUUCACCCAGAUCCCUCUCAGGUCGAAUUGUUGGAGGUGUGUGGUGGUUCUUUACACUCAUCAUUAUAUCAUCCUAUACUGCUAACCUGGCUGCUUUCCUGACUGUUGAGCGAAUGGUCUCCCCAAUCGAGAGUGCAGAAGACCUGGCCAAACAAACAGAAAUUGCCUAUGGAACAUUGGAUUCAGGGUCAACAAAAGAAUUCUUCAGAAGAUCAAAAAUAGCAGUGUAUGAAAAGAUGUGGACCUACAUGCGAUCAGCAGAGCCAUCAGUGUUCACUAGGACUACAGCUGAGGGAGUGGCUCGUGUCCGCAAAUCCAAGGGCAAAUUUGCCUUUCUCCUGGAGUCCACUAUGAAUGAAUACAUUGAGCAGCGAAAGCCAUGUGACACGAUGAAAGUGGGAGGAAAUCUGGAUUCAAAAGGCUAUGGAGUAGCAACGCCCAAGGGUUCCUCAUUAAGAACUCCUGUAAACCUUGCCGUUUUGAAACUCAGUGAGGCAGGCGUCUUAGACAAGCUGAAAAACAAAUGGUGGUACGAUAAAGGUGAAUGUGGACCCAAGGACUCUGGAAGCAAGGACAAGACGAGUGCCUUGAGCCUGAGCAACGUAGCAGGCGUCUUCUACAUUCUGGUUGGCGGCUUGGGCUUGGCAAUGCUGGUGGCUUUGAUAGAGUUCUGUUACAAGUCCAGGGCAGAAGCGAAGAGAAUGAAGCUGACCUUUUCUGAAGCCAUAAGAAACAAAGCCAGGUUAUCCAUCACCGGGAGCGUGGGAGAAAACGGCCGCGUCCUGACGCCCGACUGCCCCAAGGCUGUGCACGCUGGAACUGCAGUCAGACAAAGUUCAGGAUUGGCUGUCAUUGCAUCGGACCUACCAUAAAAACCAAAAAAAUAAUCGAGUGCCUUAAUUAAACUGUGUCGGUGACUGAUGGAAACGCAGCCCCGAGGGACAGGCCCAGCGCGGUCCCCGCUAACCGGGUCCUUGGGCGGAGAGCGGGAAGCGCGGCCCGGCCAGCAGCGGCGGCCACUGUGUGCAUGAGCUCAGCUCGGAACCCCAAACUCAGAUUUUAUAUCAGGAAAACUCACAAUUUAGGAUUUUUCGGGGAGUGGGUGGGUGGGUGGGGCGCUGGGAUGGGUGUAUUAACAGCAACAAAUUUCACUCGAGUGGACUUAAAAACUAAUCAGACUUGCGAGUUAGCGCAUUCAACUGUGAAGUUCUUGCUCAGAAAGGCCUUUGUCUUCACUGGAGGGAUAAAAUAGUUCUAGAAGCCGAUGGACGUGCUAACCUGUGUCUCCAGAACACCCAUAUAGUCAAUGGAAGAAUACCCAGCUGAGAAAACAAAUCACUCAACUGUGAUAAGAAAAUAAUAAACAAACAUGUAAAUCCUGUGAAAAAAAAAAAUUAAAGGAAGUAUUUACACUUACUUUGAAGAAAACAAAUACUGAAACAUGCUUGCUUUUUAACUGACGUAAAUUCAGUAGAGGACAACACAAUUCUUUUUUCUAACCAUCUUAGGGAACAAUACAUUGCAAUAAUUGAUAUAAAUGCCAUCACUGUAAUAAACUUUAGAGACUUUUUUUUAUAAAAGUUCUUGGUCAUCUUCUUGUUUGCUGUAAACUUCACUCUGUCACAUGAGUCGGUUCACAGAUUGCAUUUGUCUCACUACCAGGAAGAAAAACAAAAGGAAGAAAACGUUAAUGUUCAAUCAUCAGUCUGCAGUGUAGACUCAAAAGAGACUAUGGGUCACUCAUGUUAUCGAUAUUAUUUAUAAUCUUGUUCUGUGUACAAAAUUGUGGUUUUUGUACCCACCAAAAAGAAUAAAACAACAGAUGUUCUUACAGUAUCUACAGAGCUUAAAGGUUUUUUUUUUUUAUCAUUAUAAAAGUUCUUUGAGAAAUUCAAGUGGUGGGCCAUAUUGGAAAAUAUAGUUAGUCUUUAUUAUUUUUGCAUACUAAGCUACCCCUCUUUUUCAGAUCUUUGACUCAUUAGCAGAUUAAAUUGUCAAAGACAAAGUCUUGGAGUCAGGGAAUGAAUCAUUGUCCUAACAGGAACCUACUCUAUAAUCCUGUACUGAAAUUUUACUUGACUGUAUUUUGCUGCAUAAAAUUAUGUGUCUCUUGGUCUUCUCCCCUCUUUCCUAUUGUUCCAUUUAAAUCAUUUGAAGGCAGUAAUAAUAGUUUGGGGUAGACAACAAAUGAAGAACUAGUCCUUGUUUUCAACUGAAAAUUGCAAAGAAAAUUACACCCAUGUUUAUUUAUAAAAAUUACCUUACGUUAUGUAUGAAUGAAAUUAACAUGAUUCAAAAGAAGGUUUGGCUCAUUUGAAAUAAUACAUAAGUACUCUAAUACGGAUAAAAAUCACGUACUUAGAGAUCUUGGCAGAAAGCACAAGUUAGGGUGAUUUCAAAAGUCUGGUCUUGAAGGAUGAGUUGAGUUUGAACAGGAGGAGGUUGUGUUAAGAGCCUUCUGCAUGAGUGGUGGCCCAAAGCCAUGCAUGCCAAUGGCUUAUUUAAGGAAUGUAUACAACUAGGUGGGCUGGUGAGAGCACAGAGUGUGACAUCAUGGAAAAUAAAUUUGGAAAAGGUAAAGGAUUGAUCUCCUUCCCUCAACUCUCAAGACCCCCAUGCCCCACUCAGUCUCUGUGGGGCAGUAAGAGCAAUCUUUAAAAGUGUAAAUCUCACACACACACACACACACACACACACCCCACACACUGUUCUCUCAGGAAAAAUUCCAAACUCUUGAGCAGAGCAAAUGAGUCCCUUCAUGACCUGGCCCUUGCCUAUCUCCUCCAGGACUUCUCUCGCUCCUAUCCAACUUCUCCCCCCAGCGAAUGAACCCCCAAAGCAGCACAUGGAACACUGCAUAUACUAUUUCCUCAGUCUACAACUCUUCCCUGUCUCCUCUUUCCCUGACUAACUUGUACUCAUUGUUCAGUACUCAAAUUGAAUUUUACUUGCCCUGAAAAGACUUCCAUGACUCUCCACCACCCCCUGUCUAUGAGCCCGAGUUAGAUGCCCUUCUUAAUGUUUUUCCCCAUCAUGGCACUUACCAUACCGCAUUGUAAUUGCCUGUGUACUUCUUGUCUGUAUAACUACUAGACUGUAAGCUCCUUGAGGGCAGGGACUGUGUCUAUUUUGUUCACAGUUGUAUCCCCAGCACCCAGCACAGUGCCUGGCAUAUUGUAGGUGCUUAAUAAAUAUUUGUUGAAUGAA